AUGAAUCGCGACAAGGGUAAGUUCCCCCAAUUACCCCCUGUUCUUGUGCAAUGCAAUGAACUUGAGUCAUACUUGCGUACCCUUAAUGAUCAACUGGCUGAGCGUUUGGGAUGCCUGUGGAGAAAUGUGGCGGAGAUGCAGGGGGUAGUGAGGACUCUUGACAUACAUGUGAAGCUGAUUCGUACUUUCUUGCGUGAGCAUGCAGUUCUUACUCUCAGUGAUAAACUUUUUGAAGACGAACUUGUGUUCGAUGGCGGUGACGCGGUUGAUUCUUUUCUGCCAGAAUUCUUACGAAAGAGGUUUAAUGAGUCCGCCACCGAAACAGAACUGUCUCGGUCUUCCGUAACGGACGAGAGCGAACAAAGCAACGAUAUCAGAGAAAGAUUCGGUCGCAUCAACCGCAUUUGCAAAGAUCGCUUUAUUCGCCAGAAGGAGAGGAACGAGGAGGAGCACCGUCUUCAAACGGAGAGGAUGGAUGCAUGUAGGCGUGUUGAAGCAAUGUGCCGCGCACUUGAAGCAUCCCAAACAACUCAUAUGGACAAGCUGGAGCGUGUCAGCUACUGGCUGUAUCCAAUUCCCGAAUAUGAGAAUUUUUAUUCUGAAAACGCGAGUGGUGAAGGUGGUGAUGAAUUACUUCGAGAUGUUAGGGGGCAAACCAAGGGGGCAAGGGUGGUGCAGGAGCUACACGAAACAAUACGGAAUGCACCGAUUUUCCUUGAGUUCCGUAGGUUGUUGUUACGCGAUGUCUCGGAGCGCUUGGCAGGAGCUCUUGACCAGCACUCCAUGGAUAUUGCCAACUCCAACAUUGCAAGUGUAUGUGAUUGUGAAGGCUUCCGCAAAGGGAAGAGAAAAAAUGCUGGAGCGGUAGGUUCUGUGGAUGACGGAAGUAUCUCCAACCCUCCGGAUUCCGCAUCAUUGGCGGAGCAACGACUAAGGGUGCGUAACAACGGUUAUAUUCACAUUAGUGAGGUCGAGGCUUUACUGAAUGCCAGAGUGGAGGCUACACCCGUGUUAAACAAGGGUAACGACACCAAUGCGAAAUUAAUAGAAAGGCGUCUACUGGAACGCAUCGAAAACCUCGAGGAAAGAAUGGCAAUGUAUGAAGCGGAACGUAAGGAAUUCCGGAAGAUUCUUUCCGCAGUCGUCGAUGCGCAUCGGAGCAGGCACGGAAUCGGGAUGUCUCUCCGUGAGGCUGUUCUUUCUUCACGUUCAACGAGGAAAGGAGAGCAUCAGGAUGGUCACAGUAACUUCACUCUGUAUGAAAUAUCCGAUCCCCGGCGGUUUGCAGCGAAAGGCACCCCACCGGGCUCAAAAACACAAGCUUCAUCUUCUGGUCGAAUAAUUGGCUCGUCACCAAGUCCACGAGGAGACAAGAAAGCAAUUGUAGAACCACUCAACCCGUUGGUGGUCUCGGGGGAAGCAUCGUACCGUACGGUGGACACAUCAACGGUUACGCGUGAGACAUCAACGCAGGAGGACAUCAACAUGACAGCGAAUCAAGCGGCGUACCUCUCUUAUGUUAUGGGUAAGAAAGGUUGCCGUGAUGUCGAGAAUCUCCCACCGUUACCUUACGACCGCAAAACGUUCAAAUGA